GAGUCGUUCAUUUUCCCGCCAAAACAAGGGUGGUAUUCUCCGUCCUACCCGCCAAGAGCCCUCCCCUUAGCCCCAGGAGUGCUAGAACAGCUCAUAUUGCCCUUGUUCUCUAGUUACCACUCUCUCUCUCUCUCUCUCUCUCUCUCUCUCUCUCUCUCUCUCUAAGGAGUGUAUGCUGAAGCUACCGGCCAAGGUUGAGAGAUGGCCACUACGGACGAUAGAAGCAGUCACAAGCGAGCAUUCUUGGAAUUUCUGGAUCAAAAUAUUUACAAGGAUGAGAUAAAGGCUAUGAUCAACCACAAGCGUCGCCGCCUUAUUAUCAAUAUCUCCGAUCUACAUGCUUUUCAGGAUUUUGGUCCCAGGAUUCUCAAGGACCCGAAUGAGUACAUGCAACCAUUCUGUGAUGCAGCCACAGAUGUGGCACGUAGCAUUGAUCCUAAGUACUUGAAGGAAGGAGAGCAAGUUCAUGUGGGUUUUGAGGGCCCUUUUGUCUCUCGACGUGUUACUCCGAGGGAACUUCUGUCUGAAUUUAUUGGCUCCAUGGUCUGCGUUGAGGGCAUUGUCACGAAAUGUUCUCUUGUAAGGCCAAAGGUUGUCAAAAGCGUUCAUUUCUGUCCUGCAACUGGGGAUUUCACCACUCGUGAAUAUCGUGACAUUACAUCUAAUGUGGGUUUGCCCACAGGUUCUGUGUAUCCUACAAGGGAUAACAACGGGAAUUUACUGGUGACUGAGUAUGGUUUAUGCAAGUAUAAAGAUCAUCAAACCUUGUCAAUGCAAGAAGUGCCUGAAAAUUCUGCUCCUGGUCAGCUUCCACGAACAGUGGAUGUCAUAGUUGAAGAUGACCUGGUUGAUUCAUGCAAGCCUGGAGAUCGUGUGGCUAUUGUGGGGAUAUAUAAAGCACUUCCUGGAAGAAGCAAGGGUAGUGUGAAUGGAGUAUUCAGGACUGUUCUUGUAGCUAAUAAUGUUUCUUUGCUCAAUAAGGAGGCAAAUGCACCAAUUUACAGUCCAGAAGACCUAAAGAACAUCAAAAAGAUAGCUGAAAGGGAUGAUACAUUUGAUCUUCUUGGUAAUUCAUUGGCACCUUCAAUAUAUGGACAUUCUUGGAUAAAAAAAGCAGUGGUUUUAUUGAUGCUUGGUGGAGUGGAAAAGAACUUGAAGAACGGCACCCAUUUACGAGGUGACAUUAACAUGAUGAUGGUUGGUGAUCCAUCUGUUGCCAAAUCUCAACUUUUAAGAGCAAUAAUGAAUAUUGCUCCCUUGGCCAUAUCAACCACUGGUCGUGGUUCUUCCGGUGUAGGAUUGACAGCUGCUGUAACUUCUGAUCAAGAAACAGGAGAAAGAAGGCUAGAAGCUGGAGCAAUGGUUCUUGCUGACAGAGGUGUUGUUUGCAUUGAUGAAUUUGACAAGAUGAAUGAUCAGGAUCGUGUUGCUAUACAUGAAGUAAUGGAGCAGCAAACUGUUACCAUUGCCAAAGCUGGUAUUCAUGCAUCUCUGAAUGCCCGAUGUAGUGUGGUGGCUGCUGCAAACCCAAUAUAUGGAACUUAUGACUGCUCGUUGACACCAACAAAGAAUAUUGGGCUUCCAGACUCUUUGCUUUCUCGAUUUGAUUUGCUGUUUACACUAUUGGAUCAAAUGGAUCCAGAUGUUGACCGUCAAAUUUCAGAGCAUGUCUUGCGUAUGCAUCGUUACCGUUCUGCAAUUGAUGGAGGUGAGGGAACAUUUGAUGGUGGUCCAAGAUAUGGAAGAGAAGACGAAGCUGAUGCUGACUCAUCUGUCUUUGUCAAGUACAACCGAAUGCUUCAUGGGAGGAAAACACAAAGGGGUCGAAAGUUUGAUACCCUUACAAUCAAAUUUCUUAAGAAGUAUAUUCAUUAUGCAAAACAUAGGAUUCAGCCUGAGCUGAGUGAUGAGGCAUCUGAACACAUUGCAACAGCAUAUGCUGAGCUUAGAAGUGCUAGUUCAACUGCAAAGACUGGAGGAACACUUCCAAUCACUGCCAGAACCUUAGAAACCAUAAUACGUCUCUACUGCUCAUGCCAAAUUGAAGUUGAAAAGGAAGUGCAUGAUUUUCUUGCCUUGGCAGGUUACCAAGUCUGAUGUUGAAGCUGCACUGAAAGUUCUAAAUUUUGCAAUAUAUCAUAAGGAGUUAGCUGAGAUGGAGGAGCGUGAACAAGAAAGGGAGAGAGAAUUAGAGAGAAAACGCAGAGCUGAGCAUCGUUCUAGUAGAAAUGAUGGAGAUGGUCAAAAUGCUGAUGAUAUAGAAGGUACAACGGCAGAUGCCAUGGAAGUAGAACACCCUCCUGCAGAGCAAGCCACCACCGAGCUAUCUUCAGAAAGGUUAGAUGUCAGCUUGCAGAAUCGGGUUUUUCCCCUUCCCUUCUCUCUCUUGAUGUACCAAUUAGAAUUUAAAGUUCCCUGAUUCAAUACUAUUUUCAUCAUUUCUGCGGCUCCUGGCUUGCAGAAUUGAAGCCUUUAAUUCUACAUUCCGUGAGCAUAUGCGCUACUUAGAUAAUAUUACCAUUGAUGACCUAGAGAAGGUAGUCAAUACAGGAGACAUGCAUUACUCAAGAGAUGAGAUAAUGUUGCUAUUGCAGAAACUGCACGAUGAGAAUAAAGUGAUGAUAUUUGAUGGAAAAGUCCAUAUGGUGAUAUCAUGAGUACAAACUGCACCUGCAAAUCUCAUGCAGGUUUAUGGGAAUCUGUUGGUGAAGCAGUCAUCUGACUCCAGAGGGGAAAAUGACACGAAGGUUGCAACCGCAGAGUUCAUGUAUAUGAUUGCUGAAGGAGAAUUGGAGGUUGUGAGUAAAAGGCUGCUGUAGCUUUGUUAGACAGAAAGCAUAUAUAUUCCAUGGGGAAGUAAAACUGUGUUCUUUUCAAUCACUUAGUUCAAUCCCUAGUAUUUAAUUUAAGACCGGUAGAAUUUCUUUUACUGUUUGUCAUUGCCCUAUAUCCAGAUGGAUGAUGAUUGACAAAUCAAACAACAGACAGUAACCUUGUAAAACUUUAACUAUUUGAAAAGCUAAGAAGUAAGAAAUGAAGCUUUUUCUA